AUGGCCCAGUUCAAGCGCCAGAAGCAGCUGAGAACCGGCAGUCAUCAGGGAUCCAGAUCAUUCGCAGGAACUCAACCUGCCUCUUUACUGGGACCUGCACCUGGCCUAUUAAAUCCUCCUAUAUCAGCCGAUAUUAUCCAGGCAACACGGCAUCUUCAGGGGGGAGAGAAACAACGAGUAUUUACUGGAAUAGUUACCAGCCUCCAUGAUUACUUUGGAGUGGUGGACGAUGAAGUUUUCUUCCAGCUAAGUGUUGUCAAAGGCCGGAUGCCACAGAUCGGUGAGAAAGUGUUGGUGAAAGCUGUCUACAACCCAAGUCAGUCGGUGCCCUGGAAUGCUUUGAAGGUCCAGACGCUGUCAAAUCAGCCUCUUCUGAAGGCCCCGACGCCUCUUCUUCAUGUGACUUCCUUGGGACAGAAGCAAGGCAUCCUGGGAUCUCAGCCCCAAUUGCUGUUUCAGCCUCACCGAAUCCCACCUCUAUUUCCCCAGAAACCCAUGAGCCUCUUCCAGGCAUCUCCAUCACUCCAUCUGGGUCAUCUUGGGAGAUACACUGGUCGGGGCCCAAAGGGCAGGCAGGAUUCAGGCAGAUGGGAUGACUUUGAUUCCAAGAAGCGGAAGCAGAAGGGUGGUGAGCCGUGGGGAGUGAAGAAGCCACGGCAUGAAACACCCCAGUACCGGAUCCAGCUGGCUUGCUAUACUGUGAACAGCCCCUUCUGUGAUGCCAUGGAAAUCUUGAGGCGUUACAGCAGUAUCCAGUUGCCCAAGGAGUUCUACGAUGUUCGCCUCUGCUGGCUGGACACCUUCCCUCUUGCUCAGCCACUGACCCUCAGGCACCCCAGCCGUAUCCAGGUGGCCAGUCCUACCGAAGAGGUGCCUCCUGCUGAGGAGGGCACUGCCCAGGAUGCUCAGCCGGAGGACUCCAACUCUGCGUUCAGUGCCAAGGUUUUGCUGCUGUCUUCUCCAGGCAUAGAAGAAUUCUACCGUAAUUGCUUGCUAUACACUGAAGAUUCCAGCGAUCAGAGGGAGAAUCCCGAUCAUCCAACAAAGCAAAUUAAGUUCUUGCUGGGAAAGAAAGCUGAUGAAGCAGUGCUGAUUGGAGGGGAGUGGUCCCCAUCUCUGGAUGGUCCUGACCCAGCCACCAACCCCAUGGUUCUGACUCGCACGGCCAUUCGUUGCACCAAAGCACAGACCGGUUUGGACUUGAGCGCCUGUACUAAAUGGUUCCGGUUUGCUGAGUUCAGAUAUCUGCAUGAAGGAAGCCCCUCUCAUCAGGAGCAGACGGUUGUCUUCUUGCCAGACAUCUGGAGCUGCAUGCCUUCGCUAGAGGAGUGGGAGGCCUUGUGCAAGCAGAAAGCAGAAAAGGCCCCACCGACAUCAGAAGAGAAAGUAGAGAUGGAAGUUGAACCUGAACAGGCCUCCAAGCCAGCCGCUGAGGAGGAGAUGGAGGCCAGCGAGCAGGAAGGAGGCUCAGCCGAAUCUACCCCUGAACCAGCUGUGGAGCCCCCGGCACCUGAACUGGAGGCCCCAACUGCCCCGCUGGAACCUGCCCUCAUUGCUCAUCCCCAGCCAGCAUCGCACGGGGGGCAUACCAGCUGCACCAACCUCUCUCUCUACACCCUGCUGGAGUACAGGCGGCAGCGGGAAAAGCUCUCUUUUGAGAUGGCAGUGGUGGCAGAGUUCUUCCAGGAGAUGCUUCAACGGGAUUUCGGCUAUAAGCUCUACAAGGCGUUGCUGGCCCUGCCAGAGAAGGAGGAGCCCCUGGAGGCAAAGAACCCUGAGCCAGAGAAAGCUGCUGAUUUGGAGAAGGAGGGAGAAAGAGAGCUCAAAGAAGAGUCUAAAGAAAAUCUAGGGGCCGGGGAGGUGCCUGCCAAUAACCAAGAGGACGCUCAGAAGGAGGGGAGCAACGUGGAAAUGAAGCCUGCAGAUCAAGACGGGGCCAGCACACCAAAGGAAAAAAUCAGCGUCAAAGCAGACUCAAAGGACUCCACAGAGGAGCUUUGUGAUCUAAGCCUGGAAGAUGACCUGCUGCUCCUGAGAGAGGAAGAGGAAGAGGAUUUUGGUGUCAAGUUGGAAGAUGCUGAAGUGAGAUCAGUUGCAUCCAAUCAGUCAGAGAUUGAGUUCUCCUCACUUCAUGAUGUGCCCAGAGAGCUGGACCCAAGUGCUGUGUUGCCGCUGGAUGCCCUCCUUGCCUUCAUUUACUUUGACUUGAAUUUCUGUGGCUACCUGCACCGGAGGGAUCUGGAAAAGCUUCUCCUCACCUUGGGGCUGCAUCUCUGCUCAGAGCAGGUGAAGCGCCUGGUGAACAGGGUGGUGACGCAGUUCGUGUGCCGGUACCGCAGCCUACGCUACAGCCGGCAGGAAGGGACUGAGCCAGGCCCUGAUGAGGAGCUGUUAGGGAACCUUGCCUUACUACGCUCCUCCUCCUCCCUUCCCAAGAGUCCUGCCAGACCCAAGCUGGAGACUCAGUCUGGUGAUCUGGUUUCAUACAAUGGAGCCGUCCUUAAUGUGAGCAAACUGAUGGAGAAGGCAGAGCAGACGGAAAACAGUCGCCUCUAUCUGGAGAACAAAAUCCAUACACUGGAGCUCAAGCUGGAGGAGACCCAAGUCCGUUUCUCAACGACAGAGGCUUCCAACAAAGCCUUGGCAUCUGAGGUGCAGGAGCUGCAGAAGCGCCUUGCUGAGAUGGAGGAGCAGUCGAAGGCGGCCGAGAGGCAAAAAUCCCAUUUCCAGAGGCUGCUGCAGGAGAAUAAGAAGCGCCUGGUUCCGCUGCAGCUGGAAAUCCAGAAGAUAAUUGAGAAGACCAAUAACUGCUUAGAAAAGAAGGAUCCAACACCCACAGCAGUUUCCAGCAAUUGACGUUUCCUGGAGAAGCAGCUCGGCAGGGGACGGUUCCUGCCCUGGUUUGAUAGUUUGGGGAUGUGGGUCAGCGAUUGGGGGUAA